AGGGGCGCAACUGCAGUACGCGCGCAGGCUGCUGCGAUCUCGCAGGCGGAUCGGUGUGGACGGGAGACGCACGCAGCCUGCGUGAACGAGCGCAUCUUUCCCAAAACUUCCAAAAGGGCGCACGGGAGGCGACGCUGAUUUAUUAAAAAAAAAAAAAAAAAAAAAAGGAAAAGCAAAGAAAAGAAAGGGGAGGAUGAGUAACAAGUCAUUUUUAAGUGCGGGUCCGCCGACAGCCGACGAGGAACUGGUCAUCACGUCUACUUUCGGGAGCCUUCUGUCCGUCGUGUACAUCGUCGGGGUGUCCGGGAACGUGUACACGCUGGCGGUGAUGUGUCACUCCAUCCGCUUCGCCACGUCCAUGUACAUCUCCAUCAUCAACCUGGCUCUGGCGGACCUGCUCUACCUGUCCACCAUCCCGUUCGUGGUGUCCACCUAUUUCCUGAAGGACUGGUACUUCGGCGACGUGGGCUGCCGCGUCCUGCUCAGCCUCGAUCUCCUCACCAUGCACGCCAGCAUCUUCACGCUCACCGUCAUGUGCUCCGAGCGCUACCUGGCCGUCACCAAGCCGCUGGACACGGUGCGCCGCUCCAAGAGUUACCGCAAGGCUCUGGCGUGGGGCGUGUGGCUCCUCUCCUUGCUCCUCACCGUGCCCAUGAUGGUGAUGGUGGCACAGACCAGCGCCACGUCGCCGGACGGGGGCGUGAAGAGGGUGUGCGCACCCACGUGGGCGCCCCUCGCCUACAAAGUCUACGUGACGCUCCUGUUCGGCACCAGCAUCAUGGCGCCGGGCCUCAUUAUCGGAUACCUGUACGUCAAGCUGGCGCGCACCUACUUGGAGUCCCAGCGCAACGCGGUCAUCGGAAAGGGCGAAAAUAAGCGCUCGCCCAAACAAAAAGUUCUCCUCAUGAUCUUCACCAUCGUGCUGGUGUUCUGGGCGUGCUUCCUGCCCUUUUGGAUCUGGCAGCUGCUGCCGCUGUACCGCAGCGAGCCGCUGAGUCUGGCCUCGAGGACGCACACCUGCAUCAACUACCUGGUGGCCAGCCUCACUUACAGCAACAGCUGCAUCAACCCUUUCCUCUACACGCUGCUCACCAGGAACUACAGGGAGUACCUGAAGAACAGACACAGGAGCUUCUACAGGUACACGUCAUCAUUCAAGCAGCGGCCGCCCAGCUUGUAUUCUUGGGGAAAGUCAGCGUCCUCCAGCAACCAGUUCGAGUUCACAUCGGAGACGCUCGUCAUGGGGACGUUCAAGUGAUGUGGGAGCCGCUCGGAAAUGAAGUGAAGGCUUUUUUGGAAGCGCAAUGGGACUUGACUGAGCCGGAGGACCGUGAUGUCCGCCCCAUCACCCAUGGUUGCCUCAAGGCAUGACAGGGUCAGCGAUGGCUUGUGUAGGGUCGCACGUAAAGGACACCGUGAUGGCAUAACGGGUCCCCCAUGUGACCUUCUCCACACGGUGGAGGUUCUCAGA